AUGAAGGACAAUCCUCAAACUUCAGCUCAUUCUACAGCCAGUGAAUGCACUUCUUGCCAAAAUCUCACACUCUCUGACUGGAUGACAGUCUAUUAUUUUAUUGUUUCUCAUCCUACUGUGGCACAAACUGAAAUUGUCAAACACUUCAAAUCUCUCAAAUCGGGUGCACUCAUUUUCAAGCAGUCAAUGUUAUCACACAAGUUACGUGAACAUCCAAAAAUGGAAGCGCAGGUCAAUGAUAACCCUAGUGCAUUGUCAUCAAAGUGGCCAAGAAUUGUGACAAGGCCUGAUGUUGAGCAUGCCUUGAUUCUAUGGGUUAGGGUUAGGCACAUGGAGAAUAGAUGUGAAACAGUGACUGGGCCUAUGCUGCGGGAGAAACGGAAAAGGUUUGAAGACAAGUUUGAUGUCACACUUUUGGCAGAGGUCACAUGUGUCACGAUUAUGUGA